GACUUUAAGAGACCUGGUUAAAGCACACAGAGAGAUCAAUGGAGGAAUCAAGUGAUGAGAGAGUGAAAGGGAAGGAGGAACAAGUAAAGCUUCCAGGGUUCCGAUUUCACCCAACAGACGAAGAGCUCGUCGGGUUUUAUCUGCAUCGGAAGGUCCACAAAAAACCCAUCAGUAUCGAAAUCAUCAAACAGAUUGAUAUCUACAAAUAUGAUCCUUGGGAUCUUCCAAUGGAGGAAGAAGUUAGCAAUGUGGGAGAGAAAGAGUGGUAUUUCUUUUGCAGGAGAGGGAGAAAAUACAGAAACAGCAUAAGGCCGAAUAGAGUUACAGGUUCCGGCUUCUGGAAGGCCACCGGGAUCGACAAGCCCAUCUAUUCAUCAUCCACCAAAGAACCCCAUCAGCAGCAGCAUUUCGGCACCUGCAUCGGCCUCAAGAAAUCCCUCGUCUACUAUCGAGGUUGCGCCGGUAAGGGCACCAAGACCGAUUGGAUGAUGCACGAGUUUCGCCUUCCACCUGACGGCCAUCACUUCUCCGAACCCCAAGAAGCAGAAGUUUGGACGCUUUGUCGCAUCUUCAAACGAGUCCCAUCGAACAAGAAGUACGCAACCGCGGCAGCGUCUUGGAAAUUCGAUGCCACUGUCAAACAAAACGGAGCUGAUUCCGCAACUUGUUGCAGUAGCCUGGAAGAUGGCUCUCAAAGUCAAAACAGCACCGAGCGGUGCAUGAGCAAACCAGACAUUUUCAUGGACCAUGUUGAUGCAAGAAACUACUUUCUUUUAGGCCGCACUGUUCCAUCGUUGUCAUCAUCCACGUUCAGUUCUGCAAUGCAGCAAUCUCUGUUUACGGCCACUAAUUGCUCCGCCUUCUGGAAUCAUCAGAACAGCGAUGUAGGCGAUGUGUUUAGUAACGGAAACUGGGAUGAGUUAAGACCUGUGGUUGAAGUAGCUCUUGAACCCUACCCCGGCGAUGCCUUUGAUUGUACAUAGAAAGCGAGCAUGCAUGUGGCAGCCAACUAUAGCAUUUUUUCUUCCUUUUCUGAACUGCCUAAUAAUAACAUGGAAAACAAUCUUCUUAGUUCAAAGCAAUGCCGUACCAGAAUGACUGAAUUUAGAGAGAUUGCCGGAGGAUUAAGAUGAAAUGAAGGAGAUGAUAAAGAAUAUGUGUUACAUUAAGCGUGCUUUAGAGAUGAUAUUAU